AUGCGAGGUCUACUUCAAGCAUGGAUCACGGCUCUUGGAACAGCGUCUAGCUCUGCUACUUUACCCAUCACCUACAAUUGCUUGGAGGAGAACCUCGGAGUUGAUCGACGGGUGACGCGAUUCGUUCUGCCCGUGGGAGCAACUAUCAACAUGGAUGGAACAGCGCUGUACGAAGCGGUUGCGGCCAUCUUCAUCGCUCAAAUGAAUGGAGUUAAUUUGUCAUUUGGACAAGUCGUUACCCAUCGGUGCCCUCUGCCGGUCUGUCUGGUCACAAUGCUACUCGUGCUCACAGCUGUCGGACUUCCUGUGAAGGACGUCUCACUGAUUGUUGCUGUUGAUUGGUUAUUAGAUCGUAUUCGCACUUCUAUCAACGUGCUUGGAGAUGCAUUCGGUGCUGGAAUAGUUUAUCACUACGUUAAAGAAGAUCUCAUCGCUCAUGAUCGUGUUCAUCCGAUGCGUACAUUGUCAUUGGCGACGCCAGCAGGUUUUGUCGCUGUUGCGAACAGAGGCGACGAUGGUUCGUUUAGCCAAGUUCCUAAAACUUUCUCACCCCUGCUUCUGCUUCUAGAUCUCUACUCUAUA